AUCAAUAUCCAGGAUGCAUGACACCAACCUCCAUUAACGUCUUUCAGAGUCGCAGCAUUUUAAAUUACUUAUGAUAAGAAACGUUUACAGGACUGUAAACAUCACACGGAAGCCCGGCCAGUGUCAAUUAAAGAUAUAAUUGCAAAUAUAACAUAUUACCUGGUGAGCGGUAUCAUAAUCGGUGUCUUUUGAAUGCACGUGGAUCUCGUGGAUCACGGUCAAGAACUGUAGUUUGUUUUUCAUAACCUCAAAAAGUCAGACCAUCAUUGCUCUGGAAGAGUAUAACACGUGUCGGUAUUUCGAAAUACAUAACACAAGAUGGGUAAAGGGCACAGGCAUAAAAAAAAUCUAAAGUCUGAAAAAGCGAAAGUUAAGUUGAAAACCAAAACUAAACAACUUCCUAAAGGUCUCAACGUGACAGACACUUCUUUUAAAGUGAAAAAGAUUCUGUUACGAGAACAGUUGAAAACACAAAAUGAAGAUGAAUUAGUUAGUCGGCGGAAUCUUAAUAUCAAGGAGUUGAUGACCCGAUUACAACAUUACAACAGUACUGUUCGUCAAGAGGCUGUAAGAGGAUUAAAAGAAAUUUUGUGCCAGCAUUCAGAGAAAAUUCUGAGCUCACAACUUCAUUCAUUAUUGCGGAGCAUUUCUGCCUUGUCUUUGGACAAAGAAAAAAGCGUGCGAAGAGAUUCUUUGAAAAUUUUAAAACUCAUUUUGAAACCUGUGUCAAAUGAUGAACUUGAACCAUUUUUCGAUAUUCUAAUAUCGUACCUGAGCUGUGCUAUGACACACAUAGAUCCAAAUAUCAAAGAAGAUUCUCUUUCUUUUCUUGAUGUUUUGGCUGAAAACUGUGGUGCCUUGCUAGCCCGAAAUAGUCCCAAAGUUUUACCUAAUUUCUUGGAUAUGAUUUCAAAGUUGCAAACAGACUCUAAACUUGAGAGAACAUUGACAAUAUCACUCAGUUCUAAACAGACAAGUAUCAAGUGGCGAAUCAAUGUUCUGAGCCGAUUGGGUACCAUAUUGACUUCGAUAGUUAAUGUGAAAAGGCACCAAAAACCAAAUGAUAAUGAUUUUAGUUCAGCAUCGAAUAUAAUAGAAGUAACUGAACAUACAUUGCAUAUCCCACUGUUCAGAAAGAAUUAUUUGAAGAAUUGUCAAUUCAACUAUACUAAAGCGCAGGAGCUCAAUCCUCGGACUAGCAAUUGUUCAGAUCUUGAAGAAUUGCAGGAAUUUAUUAAAGUUUUAAUGCCGUUGAUGAUUGAAAGUUGGUUGGAAGUUGCCCCAAAGCAAAAUAAAGUAGCUCAAUCAAACCUUGUAAUUACUACUGAGGGGUCGACGCUGUUGAGUACUAUCAUGAAAAUAAUGGAACUAUUAAUUGAAUAUAUCGACAUAGUCGAAUCCCAAUGGGAUGUACAUACAAUUAGUCUUUGGUUUGUUGCCAACUUUCGAAGUAUGGUCGAUAAGAAUAUUAUUGAGAAUUUUCCGUAUUGCCUGACAAAGCCAGUUGCCCACUUGAAGAAAAGACAAGUCGAUUUUAUGGACUUACCAAAUACUAAGUGCUUGGAACAAAAUAUAGCCAUUUGUCAUGUAUACAUAUGGCUAUCGAGUUUUACGGACGUCCAUGUUCCUUUUUCCAGAGAUGUAUCCUUACGAAUUCUCCAAUAUCUAAAUGAAAGAAUAGAAGAUUGGGCCAGCAAAGAUAACUCAGCACUACCUCAUUUAACAAGAUGUUUAAAAUGUCUGCUACUUCGAGCAAGUAAAGUUUGGUAUCAUAAUAAAGUUGACUUGGGAACAACAUUACAAGCUUUAAUUAAUGCUGUUUCGAUACAUUCAAAGAAGGAACUACGCUCACAAAUGUUUUCAAUUCUCACCAAAAUUGUUAUGGAUCAUGACUUGACUGAACUACACAGCGAGCCCGCAUUCAAAGAGUUUAUCGUUUCCUUGCCAAAUUUAUUACUUGCUCGUUCUAUACAAGAAAACUCUAUCAAAAUGCUGAUCCGGGUAGUCCUGCAACACAGAGGGUGGGUUGAAGAUAUUCUUCGGGAAAAACAUGAAGAAAUCAUUCAAAAUGCGAAGCGUAUUGACAUCAUUGGUUCAGAAGAUGAAAACCGUUCUCGCCUUUCCAUAUGCAAUCUCUUUUACUUCAUGGACGGUCAAGUGUAUUACUAAACUUAUACUGUAUAAAAAUGUUGAACAUA